CCUAGUUAAUUCUUCUACUCUGAGUAGCGUUGGGGCUGUGGUCAAACUCAAAAUCGAAGGGCAAUGGAGAUGAACGAUGCCGACGACGAAGAGUUUGGGUUCUCUAGAAACUACUUUCUGGCGAAGGAGCUCGGUGGCUCCGCCGUGAAAUCCCACUCUAAGCUCUCCGAUAUCAAUAUCGUCGACGAACAGGAACUGAGGGCAGCUGUAUCUAAUAUUGAACCCAAACAUGAGAAAGAGAUCAAGGAUUUGAUUAGCAGUUAUAAGAGGUUGUACCCCAGAUGGGCUUUUGAUCUUAGGUGUGGUCUUGGUCUUCUCAUGUAUGGAUUUGGAUCGAAGAAGACUUUGCUUGAAGAUUUUGCUUCAACAUCCUUGACCGAGUAUUCUGCGUUUGUUAUCAAUGGAUAUCUUCCAACAAUAAAUAUAAAGCAGGUUUUGACAUCCUUAGCUGAAGUUCUAUGGGAUCAAUUGAAAAUCAAACGCAGGACUCCUUCUAAGAGCUUGUCCAAAGAUCAACAACCCUUUAGUUCUCGAUCUGUGGAGGAUCUUCUUGCAUUUUUGGAUGGAUCAGAGGAUAGGACAAGUGAAUUUCUUGUAUGUGUAAUCAUUCACAACAUUGAUGGGCCUGGAUUAAGGGACUCUGAAAUCCAGCAGUAUCUUGCAAGAGUUGCUUCUUGUCCCAAUAUUCGUAUUGUGGCCUCUAUCGAUCAUGUGAAUGCACCUCUUUUGUGGGACAAGAAGAUGGUUCACACUCAAUUCAACUGGUGCUGGUAUCAUGUUCCUACCUUUGCGCCAUACAAGAUCGAAGGAACGUUCUUUCCCUUGAUUCUAGCUCAUGGCAAUACCACCCAAACUGCCAAAAAUGCUGUUAUAGUUUUACAGAGUUUGACACCCAAUGCCCAGGGCGUGUUCAAAAUUCUUGCAGAAUAUCAACUGUCUCACUCUGAAGAAGAAGGGAUGCCAAUUGAUAAUCUGUUUGCAACCUGUCGCGAACGCUUCCUUGUGGGCAGCCGGCCUAUGCUCAACUCCCAUUUGACCGAAUUCAAAGAUCAUGAGUUGGUCAAAACAAGAAGGCAUUCUGAUGGCCAGGAUUGCUUGUACAUUCCUCUAACAAGUGAGGCACUUGAAAAACUACUAGUGGAGAUGACUCAGUAACUACUUAAAAUCCUCAUUCCUCCGAAUUUGGCAAAAUUUGAGUUCUAACAGAAGUGUCGAGUAUCUAAA